AUGGAUUCCAAGCGCCGCAAGACCGGCGACCAGGAUGUCAGCGCCUUGAGGUUGGCGUCGCGCCAGAAAUACCUUGCCGAACGCGAAGCGCAACAACUCGCCCUACUCCGCCGCCAAGUCGCCGAGGAAGCAGAAGAGGAACAGAGACUGGGCAACAAGCUGAGCGAGAGAGAAAGAGCAGAGUUUAAGAAGAAUCGUCAGACCCUGGAGCUGGCCGAGGCGCGAAAUGCGAUUGACGAUCGGACGGAAGGGAUGUUCAUGAUUCCUGAUUCAGACUAUUCGAGUAAACACGAGGCUCUUACGAAGAGACAUAAAGAGAAGGGUUAUGAGAAGUCUGAGGCGGAGCUCUGGGAGGAACAACAAACCAAGGCUGUUAACAGUCAAGCUAAGGUAUUAUCGAAAAACGACAGCAUCGACAAUUAUGACUUCGUUUUCGACACAUCCAUGGAAGUAACGUUCAAACUGGAUGAAACGACCCGUGUCGACGUGGAUAAGCAGAUGCUACAGCGUCAGCUGGAUGAAGCAGAGAAGAGAGCACAGAGCAUCGAGGACGUUCGGCGAAGCCUGCCGGUCUACAAGUACCGGGAUGAAUUGAUCGCUGCCGUGGAGCAGCACCAGGUCAUCAUCGUCGUCAGCGAGACGGGGAGUGGAAAAAGUACGCAGAUCCCGCGCUACAUUCUCGAUGCCGGUUUGGCUGAAGACGGUAUGAUUGCUGUGACACAGCCAAGACGUGUUGCGGCUAUGAGUGUUGCCAGCCGCGUAGCAGAAGAGUACGGCUGCAAGCUCGGCAACGAAGUCGGAUACAGCAUUCGUUUCGAGGACAAGACGGGACCGAAGACCAAGAUCAAGUUCGCUACGGACGGUAUCCUGUUGCAAGAGGCCAAAACGGACCCCCUCCUGCAGAGCUACAGCUGCGUUAUGAUCGACGAGGCUCACGAACGGUCUCUGGCAUCCGACUUGCUACUGGUUCUUUGCAGGGAAGUUUGCCGCGCCAGACCAGACUUCAAACUUCUCAUCCUCAGUGCUACCAUCAACGCUGCGCACUUCUCACAGUACUUCAACGACAGUCCAAUCUUCCAGAUCCCAGGCCAAACCUGGCCAGUUCAAGUUCUAUACACGUCGGCGCCAGAGGCAAACUAUCUUGCGGCGAGCAUUACAACUGUAAUGCAGAUUCACAUCAGCGGGGAGCCGGGUCACAUCCUGGUCUUUCUUACAGGCGAGGAAGAGAUUCAGGCAGCUAUGGAAAGUCUAGAGGAGACUAAGAAAAAGCUUGGGUCCAGAAUCAAAGAACUCGUUGUGCGUCCAAUGUACUCAUCCCUUCCUCAGGAUCAGCAAAAUUUGGCGUUCGCCCCAGUAGGCCCUGACGUGCGCAAAGUCCUGCUUUGUACCAACAUUGCAGAAACUAGCGUGACGUUUGAAGGGGUUAGGCAUGUCAUAGACCCGGGUUAUGCCAAAGAGAACACUUACGAUAAUACCAGAGGCUUAGCAUCGCUGACAGUAACACCAAUCUCGCGUAAUUCGGCAAACCAGCGCAAAGGAAGAGCAGGACGUACGUCGUCGGGCUUUUGCUAUCGCCUAUACACACGAGCCGCGUACUACAACGAACUUCCGGAAGAGACGACCCCAGAGAUCCAAAGAAGCUGCUUGGACUCAGUGGUCUUGACUCUGAAGCAGCUCCGUAUAACCAACCUGCUUGAGUUCGAAUUUUUGGACAGCCCCAGUCCUGCUGCCCUGAUAAAGUCACUCGAGGAGCUGUACAGAAUUUCGGCCCUUGACUCCACAGGAGCUUUGACACGACUGGGUCGGAGAAUGGCGGAAUUGCCUUUGGACAUCAAGCUAUCGAAGGCUAUUAUCGAGUCCGAGAAGUAUGGCUGUCGGGAGGAGAUUCUUGCAAUCUGCGCCUUCGUCCAAGAAGCUCAACAACAAGUGUGGCUUCGCCCAAAGGACAAGAAGGUUGCGGCAGACGCUGCACGGAAACGCUUCACCAGCCUGGAAGGUGGGGACUUCUUAACCUACCUCAACAUCUGGAAUCAAUUUGUCGAGAGUGGUUACGACCUUGCAUGGGCACGGGAGAAUUUUCUCCAAGGACGAGUCCUUAAUCGCGUUAGGGAUGUAAAAGACCAGCUCGAACGUCUCGCAGACCGUGUCGAAGUGCCGGAGUCGUCAUGUGGCACCGAUCAUGUUGCAAUUCGGAAGUGCCUUACUGCGGCGUUCUUCACCAAUGCAGCUCGGCUGCAAAGAGAUGGGCAAACCUACCGUGUAUUGGCAAACAGCGGUUUGUCAGUUCAUAUCCAUCCCUCCUCUCCGCUCAUCGAUAACCGACCGAAGUGGUGCAUAUUCGCCUCUCUCCAAGCCACAUCAAAAGAAUGGAUGAUGACUUGCGCGCCUAUCGAGCCGGAGUGGCUGGUCGAGGUAGCACCUCACAUGCACACUGAAAGCUCGAUAGCCAAGCUCGGCGACAACAAGAAGAUGCCCAAGGCGACGGCGAAGAUGCUCAAGGAAAGAUAG